AGGGAGCGUUACUCGGUCUGGGAGCGUGUGCUGGGCGCGGGGGUUGGUGGGGUCGGUAGAGGGAGCCUGACGUGUUGUGCUUGCCCCCAGGAGAGGGCGGGUUGCCCUUCGUCCUCCGAUGCCGACAGCGCGGACACGGACGGGGGCGAGGCCGGGCCCAGCGACCCCCGGGACAUCGACCAGGACAACCGCAGCAGCUCGCCCAGCCUGGCCAGCACAGGCCGAGGCCCGGCCGACUCGGACACCUCCUCGCCCUCGCCCUCCUCCCCCUCGCCCUCCUCCCCCUCGCCCUCCUCCUCCUCCUCCUCCUCCACCUCGCCCGGGCCACCGCCCGCCCUCCAGCCCCUGGGCCGCCUGCCCCGGCUCCCCGCCCUCCGGCCCCGCCCGCCCGAGCUCGGCCUGCCCGUCCCGGGCUCCGGCCCCGCCUGGGGGCCCCCCUUCCCUCCCCGGGCCCAGGCGCCGCCUGCCGGAGGUGCCCGGGGGCCGGCCUUCCCUCCCCCGCCCCCGCCGCCGCCCUCGCCCGGGGGGCCCGCCCUGGGCCAGGCCUCGGGCCUAGCUACUCAGGCCUCAGGCCUGGCGCCACAGGCUUUGGGCCUAGCUACUCAGGCCUCUGGCCUGGCGCCACAGGCUUUGGGCUUAGCUACUCAAGCCUCUGGCCUGGCUCCACAGGCUUUGGGCCUAGCUACUCAGGCCUCUGGCCUGGCACCACAGGCUUUGGGCCUAGCUACUCAGGCCUCUGGCCUGGCGCCACAGGCUUUGGGCCUAGCUACUCAGGCCUCUGGCCUGGCUCCACAGGCUUUGGGCCUAGCUACUCAGGCCUCAGGGCUGGCGCCACAGGCUUUGGGCCUAGCUACUCAGGCUUCAGGGCUGGCGCCACAGGCUUUGGGCAUAGCUACUCAGGCCUCAGGGCUGGCGCCACAGGCUUUAGGCCUAGCUACCCAGGCCUCAGGCCUAGCUCCACAGGCUUUAGGUCUCGCCUCCCAGGCCUCUGGCCUCGCUCAGCAGGCUUUGGGCCUAGUUACUCAGGCCUCUGGCUUGGCUCCGCAGGCUUUAGGCCUAGUUACUCAGGCCUCUGGCUUGGCUCCGCAGGCUUUGGGCCUAGUUACUCAGGCCUCUGGCUUGGCUCCACAGGCUUUGGGCCUAGUUACUCAGGCCUACCCGUCCUCUUCCUCUGCCUCCUCUUCCUCCUCCUCCUCCUCCUCCUCAUCUGUCAAGGCCUACCCCUCGCCAGGCCAAGGGGCCUACGGACAGCAGCUGACCCCGCACUACCUCAGCCCCCCCGGGCCCGGCCCGCAGGUCGCUCCUGCGGCCUACCCGCUGCCUGGGCCCGGGCUCCAGGCCUCACGCCAGGCGGCGUUCCCGUUCCCGGGCUCCCCGGCCUCCUCGCCGUCCCCUUCCUCCAGCUCCUCGUCCUCCUGCACACCAGGCAAGGCCUGCGCCCCCAGGGCCCAGGCCGAGGGGCCUGACGCCCAGCACUCGGAGGGAGAGUCGGGGAGCCCCGUGCUGCCGAGCCCCUCCCCUGAGCCCAGAGUAGUGGACACUGCCAGUCACGCCAGUCAGUCUGCCAGGUACCGCAGCCCUCCCUCAUCCUCACUCUCUCCCUCCCUCCAUCCU